AUGAACAUACUCUUGUUAUGUGUAAUACAAUUAUUUCAUUUAACAGCGACCGAUCGAACAGUUCCUGCUGUUCCAGAUACUUUAUUACCAAAGUUAUCAGAACUACGACCAAACAACAACACUAACAAAGAUAAUGAUGGUAAAUGUUUAAAAAUCCAAUGUCAUAUGUUUUGUCAAUAUGGAUUUAAAAAAAAUGAAUAUGGCUGUGAUAUUUGUUUAUGUAACGAUGUAUCACCGUUACCUCAACAAUGUCCAAUUAUCAAUUGUAAUACACAGUGUUCAAAUGGUUUUAAAAAAGAUUCAAACGGCUGUGUGACAUGUACGUGUAACGAUCAAGAAACAGGCAUUGUGACACUUGAUAGUAAUUGCAUCCCGUUACAAUGUAGUCAAGUUUGCAAAUAUGGUUUUGAACGUGAUGAAUUUGGAUGUCAGUUAUGUUCAUGUAACAAGUGUCCAUUGCAUACUUGUCGAAUGUUCUGUCUGUAUGGUUUUCAGAAAGAUGAAGAUGGUUGUGAUAAGUGUGAGUGUGAUUCAACACCAAUUGAAAAUCAAAUUACAUGUAGUGAUAAAGAACCUUGUAAAGAAGGUUAUGUUUGUAAUCUGGAUAUUUUAACAUGUGAAGCAGUACCAAGAGAGAAAAUAAAUUAUUUUAUGUUCUAUUUUGACAUAGAUAAAUCCUUUUUUGACGAUCAAGCGUUCUUAGAUACAUAUAAAAAUGAUUUUAUUCAAAAUCUCGCUUCAACAUAUGGUCUGUUACCUGCUCAAAUUUUUGUCUUCCCUAUACAACCAAAGAGAUUGACAAAUUUUCAAAUUAUGCCUUUUUUCCGAGAAGAUAAAGAUGAUUUUCAAAGAAAAAUGGAUCAAAUUGAUGCUGAUAUAGACAAUGACGAAUUUCGACGUGUUUUACCAUCGGUUACAUCAGUUAUCCGUAAUAAAUGGAAACAACCAGUUAUUAGUGAUAAAUCAUUAAGGCAACGAAAUCGUCUAAUACUCAUUUUGAUCGGAGCUCUAGUGGUUUUAUUGUCGCUGAUAAUCGCUACAGUAUUUUUCAUUUUAUUUCGACGCCGCUUUCGACGUCCUGGUCGAUCACAGUCAAAAUGUCCAAUAUUUGGGGCAUAUGAAGUAGCUGCAAGCGAUGAUGAUCAAUUUACGGUUCAUGCACCAGAUGGCACUCCGUAUGUCGUUGUCGAAAGUGAAGAUAUUCAAGUACCAUCUGAUAAGCGUGCACUUGUCUAA